AUGGAAAGAUUGAACGGAAUUGUAAAGCAAGUCAUAUCAGCAGAUACCUAUGUUUUGACGGGGGCUGUAAAAGAUGGAGUAGCCCAGGAAAGACAGAUAAGCUUAGCGUGCAUUAACUGCCCGAAGUUAUUUAUGAAGAGUCAGAGUGUCGAAAAGAAUGAGGAACCAUUUGCAUGGGAAAGUAGAGAGUUUAUCAGAAAAAUGAUAAUUGGAAAAAAUGUAAGUUUCGUAGUUGAAUAUACAUACAAUAAUAGAACAUAUUGUAGUGUUUUUUUUGAAGGUCAAAACUUAUCUAUUUUGUUAUUAGAGAAAGGUUAUGCUAAUCUGGUUUCAAAUAAAAAUGUAAAAACAAAUGUAUAUGCAGAUUUAGAAAGUUAUUAUACGGAGGCAAAAGAAAGAAAAAUUGGUAUUUUUAGUAACAAUAUUAAUUACUAUGUCAGAGAUAUUGUUUACUCGUACAACGAUAAAAAUGAAAACAAAAAAUUAUAUGAUUCUUUUUUGAAUAGAAGAAUGAAAUGUAUUGUAGAACAUGUGAGGGAUGGAUCUAACUUUCGCGUAUUUGCAGAGUGUGUAGAAAAUGAAAAAAGGGAUGAAGAGAAAAACGGUAAUAUUAAUGCAAAAACGAAUAGUGUUAAUGGUCCAAGUACUGGUCUGAAUAAUGAUCUAAAUAAUACUAAUAAAAAGAACAACAGUAGCAGUAGUAAAAGAAAAAAAAAUGGCAACUACAAAAAAAAAAUGAAUGAGGAUGAUCAGAAAAAGGAAGAAAAGUACUUAACGAUGUACUAUUUUUCCUUUUAUGUGUGUGGAAUAAUUGUUGAUAUGUUCAAAAAAGAAAUUGUAAAUAAUGUGGAAACAGUUAAAGAAGAAUUAUAUGCUAUGGAAACCAAAAAAUUUGUAGAAUCAAGACUAUUAAAUAGAGAUAUAGAGAUAGAAAUUAAACAUCUUGAUAAUAAUUGUAAUUUAUAUGCAAAUGUUUAUUAUAAGUUAGGAAAUAUAUGUACUUUAUUAUUAAAAAAUGGAUAUGCUUAUAUAAAUGAGUAUACAAUAAAAUAUGUAGACAACGCUAUUGAAUAUAAAAGGGCAUUAGAUGAAGCUAUACAACUUAGAAAGAAAAAAUGGAUAAAUUAUACAGAAAAAAAGGUAGAUUUUGAAAAGGAAUAUUUUACAACCGUUGUUGAGGUUUUAUAUGGGGAUGUUAUUAUUGUAGAUUACAAGAAUGAAGAGAGAAGAUUAUAUAUGGCUUCCAUUAAAUGUGAAAAACAUAAUACAGAUUUAAAACUAAACACCUUGUGUAUAUUAGCAAAGGAUUAUUUGAAAAGUCAAAUUGUUGGAGAGCGAGUUAAAAUUGUUACAGAGUAUGUUAGAACUCCACAAAGCAAUAGUGAUGGUUAUAUUCCUCAGUGCUCGGAUGAUAAGGGAAGAAUGCAUUUUGUCACUGUUUAUAAAUUAGGAAAAAAGAAAAGUAAUCAAAAUACCAGAAAAGAAAGCCUUUCAAAUAUAUGGGAGGAGGAAAAGAAUGGCAAAAAGGUUGCACUAGGUGGUAGCAAGUUGAAAGGUAAGAAAGGUGUCGAUGGGAUGAGAAGCGUUAAUGGAGUGAGUGGAAUAAACGGAGUUAGCGAAGUGAAUGGGAUAAAAAGCACAAAAAGUGGAAAAAAUGCAAAAAUCAAACUGGGAGAGAAGCUACUAAAUGGGGGAGUAAAUAAACCAGAGGAGGAAGAAUACAUUAACCUAAAUGAGCAACUAGUUUCAAGAGGAUUAGCAAGAGUUAUAUCCCAACGACAGGAAGAUGAAAAGGCAAGUAACUACUUCCAUUUACAAGAAUUAGAAAAAGAAGCUGAGCAAAAAAAAGUUGGGAGAUUUAAUCAGCAUAUUGAUAUUAUUAAGAUUAACAAUAUUAGUGGAAGUGACAAUGCCUUAAGAGCUCGUUCUUUUGAAAAUGUAUUAAACAAAUAUAAUAAUUUAAAUGCAUGUGUCGAUUUUAUAUAUGGGGCAAAUAGAUUUAAGUUACAUAUCCCUUCACAAAAUUUGUUAAUAAACUUUAUUUUACUCGGUAUAAGUGUUCAAAAAAUAAACUUGAAAGAUUUAGGAACAAUUGAAAGUAACCAUAAAAAAGUGAAUGAAGAAUAUUUAAAUGGGGAUGAAAUAAAAAAAAGUAAAAAGGAAAAGAUAGAGUAUAGAGAAAUAGCUAUUCAAGCAUAUAAAUAUACGAGAAAAAUGUUAAUGCAAAGAAACGUACAAAUUUCUAUUGUAACAUGUGACAAAGGAGGUAAUUUUAUAGGUAUCCUUAAAUAUCAGAAUAAAGAUUUUUCUGUUCAUUUACUUUCCUUAGGAUAUGGGGUUUUAAAUGAAAUAGGUUUAAAUAAUACAAAUGAAAGAAAUAAUUAUGUAAAAGCAGCAGAAGAAGCUAAAAAACAUAAACGAAAUAUAUGGUCUAUUGAAAAAACGGAAGAUGCAGAUAAUUUACUAAAUGUUGAAAAGGAUUUAUCCGCGUUUGAUAAUAUUUACUAUUGUUCUUAUGUGGAUGACAUUACCAAUAUAUGUAUUCAAUUAAAAAGUAAACAAGAACAAUUGAAAAAAUUACAAGACGAGUUAAAUAAAAACCCCGAUAUAGAUAUAUUAUCCUCAUAUACCUUAACAGAAAUAAAUAAAAAUUCUUUAGUUAUGGCAAAAUACGUUGAUAAAUGUUAUUACAGAGCUGUCGUUUUGCAGGUAAAUAAAAGUAAAAAAAAAGCUAUAGUAAAAUAUAUCGAUUUCGGAAAUGAAGAAGAAUUAGAUUUUAUUGAUAUAAAAAAAUUAAAUGAUAGUUUUAAUUUGAAAAAUUAUAUUCCUUUUUCAAUCAAAGUGGCCUUAGCAGGAUUGAAAAUCCCAGCUGAAAAUAAAACAGACCUAAUAAUUUACAUAAAGAAGUUUUUACUUGACAAAUAUUUAUACGUCAAAUUUGAGAAAAAGGAAAAUAACACCUAUUACGUAGUCUUUUAUGAUUAUGAGCAAUUUACAUCAAACAAGAAUGUUAAAAGUGUAAAUGAAGAAUUAGUGUUCAAUGGAAUAUGCUAUGUUGACAAUCUUAGUGAUACUAAAAUAUUUGAAAAAUUAAAAAGAGAGGAAGCCUUAGCGAAAAAGAACAAACUUGUCAUCUGGUCUUAUGGCGAUAUAGACUACGACGACGAAAAUUGA